CUAGCUCUGACUGUCGUACUCCUCGGAGUGACGAUCGGUGGAUUCGUUCCUGGAGCUGGAGCGUCGCGAGAGGCUAAAAGGCUAUUCGAUGAUUUGCUAAGCGACUAUAACCGUCUUAUAAGACCUGUGGGCAACAACUCUCACAAAGUCAUCAUCACGGUCGGCCUCAAACUGUCACAGCUCAUUGACAUAAACUUGAAGCACCAAGUGAUGACAACAAAUAUUUGGUUGGAACAAGAGUGGGAAGACUACAAACUGAAAUGGAACCCUGCGGACUACGGUGGAGUGGACAUGAUUCAUGUACCAGCCGAGAACAUUUGGCUGCCUGACAUCGUUCUAUUUAACAACGCUGAUGGAAACUAUGAAGUCAUUCUGAUGAACAAAGCUACGGUAUACUACACCGGCAAGGUGGUCUGGAAGCCACCCGCACUGUACAAGAGCACGUGCGAAAUCGACGUUGAGUAUUUCCCGUUCGACGAACAAAACUGUUUAAUGAAAUUCGCCUCGUGGACAUACGACGGUCAUGAAGUGGAUCUCCAGCAUCAAAAGCAGAAGCCAGGAGAGGUCGUGGUUCAGACCGGAAUCGACAUGAGCGAAUUCUACAAAUCGGUCGAAUGGGACAUCCUGUUGGUGCCCGCCAAGUACAACAAGGGCAAAUACGACUGUUGCGAAGAGCCAUUCCCGGACAUCACAUUCAACAUAACGAUGCGUCGGAAGACGCUGUUUUACACCGUCAAUCUGAUCAUACCGUGUGUAGGGAUCUCAUUUUUGACAGUGCUAGUCUUCUACUUGCCGUCCGACUCGGGUGAGAAGGUUACCCUCUGCAUUUCGAUACUCGUGUCUCUCACUGUGUUUUUCUUGCUGCUUGCCGAAAUUAUUCCCCCUACGUCGCUUGCGGUCCCCCUACUGGGGAAAUAUCUCCUGUUCACCAUGAUACUCGUCACGUUGUCUAUAUCGGUGACAGUCGGUGUUCUGAACGUACACUUUCGAUCGCCUUCGACCCACAAAAUGUCACCGUGGGUGCGGCGGGUGUUCAUCCACAUUAUGCCCCGUCUACUAUUGAUGCGUCGUCCCGUCUAUGAACUGAUCCCCACGAAUCGGGUCAAGUGCCUGGGACAAAACUGUAAACUCCAUCCGGAAAGUAGCGCGGUUUUCGAGCAUCCCUUCUACCAAGCCCGACAAAAUCUCAACAAUCGAAUUCCGCAAUCCGUUCGCCAACCUCAACACGCCCCUCCCAGCUGCAACGGUGUUGAUACGAACUUCUGCGACUCGAUGCUUCGAGGAAACCCUAACGCGCUACAGCUGGGCUCCAUCCGUGCCUCAAUGCGUUCGAGCCCCUUAAUGGAAGACGUAGUUCUUCACGACAGUAUGGGGAACCCUAUCGGAAUCCCCAUGGGUCACAUGGGAGGACCGAUGGAUGGACCCAUGGUCAUGCCUUUGGGAGGCGCCAUCGGUGGACAUCUGGGCGAUUCUCUGACAGCUCCUGCCAACCCCAUGGAGGCACUCGAUGACUACGCACCAGCCCACGAGGCACCCAGUGGCAUCCCCAUGGGUGUUUUGGAACACCCUACCUUCCUACCUGACCUCCAACAGGCUGUUGAAUCGAUCAUGUUCAUCGCCGAACAUCUAAAAAAAGAUGAUGAAGACGAAAGCGAACGACAAGAUUGGAAAUAUGUCGCCAUGGUUCUCGACAGACUGUUCCUGUGGAUCUUCACCCUGGCUUGCGUGGUCGGAACAGCCGGGAUCAUCUUGCAAGCUCCGUCGUUGUACGACGAUCGUGAAUCCAUCGACGUUCUCAUGUCACAAAUCGGCAGAGACGCCGGACAGGCAGCAGAGAUCGCGGCAGCGACAAGUAUCGUUCCUUAA